AUGCCUCCCCAUGGAAGUACCCUAAAAUCUACUUAUAGCUACCAGAAUGCAGGAUAUCAAUUGAAUAAAACAGAGUUCAGACGAGCAAUUUCGUGCAAUGAUUAUCAUACAGUAUCCACAGAAGAAUUACCAUCAUCAACAUCCAAAAUAUCAAAUAAUGACACUGUCAUAUGCAUUCCUGAAUCUACAGUCGCAAUCAAUCAUCAUGAGAUAAAAAAUGGACGACAGCGUCUCCGUUGGAAUUUAGUUUUUAAUAUACUUGUAUGGAUAAUUUGUCCGUUACCGUUCUGGCUUCCGUUUGUUUCCAAUCAACUCGCUAUUCAUGUUUUACCUUGCAUACAAUGUUUUUUCGUAUUCAUCUGGCUUGUCAUUAGUGUUCUUGCUGGACGCAAUGCAUUUCGACUCUUUCGCCAUCGACAUAAUGAUUAUUCUGCGUUGUUAACUGCCGAUGAAAGAAAUACGAUUCAGCAUGUGGUUGUGAUUAGUUGUUACAAAGAGCCGUUAGACUUAAUCAAACGAAGUGUUGAUACUCUUGCAGCACAAACUGUAGUUAACCGAAUAACGAUGGUUAUUUCGUUCGAAGAACGUACUCCAGAUGUUCACAUGAAAUGUCAAACAUUACAAACUCAUUAUGCACAAGUCGGUUUUCAAAAUCUUAUUUUUACAAUCCAUCCGUAUGGACUAGCAAAUGAAAUUCCAGGUAAAUGUUCCAAUGCAAAUUAUGCUCUACGUACAGUUGUCGAACAAUUAAAACUGCUGGAAAAGAAUGGCGACCAUAUUCUCAUUACAACAUGCGAUGCCGAUUCACAAUUUCAUCGACAAUAUAUAGCUGCACUGACAUAUCAGUAUACGAAAGCACAUUAUCCAGCAUUGACAACACUCUAUCAGCCACCGUUGUUUUACAACUGGAAUCUAGAUGGUUUGUCAUUUUUUACGCGUGUCACUGGAAUCCUUCGAAGUACAUUAAUGUUAGGUGCAUUGAUACCAUUUUCGAUAAAUACAAUGAGUAUUUUCUCUUUUUCGUUAUCGUUGGCUAAAGCAGGAAACUUUGUGCAUCCUGCUUACCAGAUGGAUGACAUCAUAUGUUUGAUACGAUGGAUGGGUGUGACAGGCCGUCGUCUUUCCAUUGAAAUGGUGUUGACGCCUGUCUUGAGUGGUCCUACAUGUGGUCGUACGAUUGAAUACGAAUUCAUGGAAUGGGCAAGACAAGCACGACGAUGGACGAUUGGUGCAGCUGAAGUCUUUCAUUAUUUCAUGGUGAAAUCUCGACGUAUUCCAUUACUGACGUCAGUUUCAUGGUCGGUAACUUUUCUCAUUUAUUACGGUAUAUUACUCUGUUCAAGUGGUCUCUAUAGUCUAACAUCUUUUCUCGCAACAUUAGUUCUUCUUGAAGAAAUUCCCAGUUAUAUUCUCUAUGCGAUGUAUGCACUCGCUACAAUUCAAUUCAUGGCAUUUUUAAUUGCUUUUAUUAUCGAUGCAUUUAUUCCUCGAUUGUUAAACGUUAAUGAAUGUAUAUUUUUUCUUCGAAAUCUUUUCCAUUUCUGUAUGACACCGUUCGUGUUAGUUGCUUACUCACUAGUCGAAUUUUAUGCUUUACAUGAAGUGAUGAUACGUGGUAAAAAAGUUUGUAAACACGGAGCGUCGAAUAAAAAUACAUUGAAUUAA